AUGGCGAGGCGGUGGCUCGCCUUCGUCCUAUGCGCUGUCCUGGCAGUCAUCGCGCGAGCAGCAGAGCAGCCACAGCAGCAACUGCAGGAAGAGCAGCAGCAAGAGCAGCAGCAGCAGCAGCAGGAAGCUAACAAGAAUGAGGUUAUUACCCCUAACACAACCCCUGAAGAUAUAAUAGUAGAGAAUCCCCCUCCCACGCAAGACCCCACCAGCAGGCCACCAACAGGGACGGAGGAGGUAGGAUCACCGGAACAGGAUAAGGAUCAGCAGCAGCAGCAGCAGGAGAAUAAAGAUGAACAUCAGCAGCAGGAUCAGCAACAGCAGCAGCAACAGCAGCAGCAGGAGGAAGAAGAAGAAGAAGACCAUGAAGAAGAAGAGAUGAUAUUAGGUGCCCUACGCUUCGAUACAUUAUACAAGUAUAUGUCUUCCUUACAGAAGAAAUUCUUAUUAGCUGUUCUUCCUGAUUCAUGGGCAGUACCUAAGUUUAUACCAUCUAAUAAUGUUGAGCUAGAGCAAGUACAGCAAUUCCUUCGUCAAUUAGCAGAGGAGAUAGGAGACCCUAUUACCAGUAGCAGCAGCAGCAGCAGCAGCAGCAGUGGUGGUGGUGGUGGCUCUGCUGCUGCGCUAAUAGAGCUAGCAGAGAGCAACAGACUACCUGCUGUGCUGCAGGCAAACCCUCAAUUACCUUCUGUCCUUAAGGAAUUAUUAGCAGCAAGUAUGGGGCCCCUGGGGGCCCCCAAGGAUAGAUUUAUAUUAUCUAGACAAUUUUCUUUACCUAGUUUAGAUCUAAUAGAUAUAGAGGAAAUAGGGAGACUAUUUAGGGUACCAACAGAGCUAGAGUUCCCUGUGUCUCCUGAUGGAUUGUCUCUAUUUAUACCUGUUAUAAUAAAAAAACAAGAUAUACAACAAAAAGGAGACACUAAUAGUCUCCUUGCAUCUAUAGAGAAUAUAUUUAUACCUAUUGUCUCCCAUGAAGGAGACAUUCUCUUCUCUAAUGCACAAACAAUCUUUAAAGGAAUUGAAUUACCAACAACUCUUCCCUUCGAGCCUCUAGCUACCUUCUCCGCUUACCAGAUGGAGGAUACAUCUGGACUAUGGGCAGCUGUUAAGGGCCCCGUACUUAGUCGCUUAUCUGUCUUAGGGUAUGAGGCAGAGACACUCUUUGGUCCUGUAUUAAGUUUAGUGUCUCUUCCUCGUGUUGCACUGUCUCUUAAUGGGGAGACAGCAGCAGCAACUGCAGCAGCAGCAACAACAGGAGGAGGAGGAGGGGAAGGGAGACAGCAGCAAGCUUCCUUAGAUCAGAUUGUUGCUGCUGCAUCCUCACAAUUAAAACAAACAUUAAUAACAUUAAAGGAGAUAGGGGGACAAAAAGGAGACAAAAAAAAGGGACAAAUACAACAAAGGAGACAGCAGCAACUAUUUGCUGCAGAGACACUAGAGGAUUUCCUUAAUCUUAAAUUCCUUAACUUUACUCUCCCUGUUGUUGGUGUCCCUGUUGAGUUAGCUCCUGGUGUAUUUACACCCUUAAGGUCUUAUAGUGUAUGCAGCAACAAUGAUUGUCCCUUGGGUCUGUCUCUUCCUUCUUUUCCUGAUUUCUUAGUGUCUCCUGAUGCUGCUGUCUCUAAACUGCAGCAAAGAGUAGAGACACUUUCUUAUGAGCUGCAGCAAGCAGUGCAGCAACUGCAGCAAAAAAUUAAUUCGUCGUUACCUCAAGGUCUUGCUAGUGCUGCUGAUGCUCAAGGUGUCUCCGUGGAUGGAGCCCUGUCUGCUGCAUUGAGUCUCUCUGGCACUCUGCAGCGGGCAGUGAGCAUCGCAGGAGAGAAGGUGCAGCGCCUCUUUGGCCUGCAGGGCCCCCCUACUGCAGCAGCAGCAGAACCAGCAGCAGCAGCAGCAGCAGCAGCAGCAGAUGCCAGCAAACCACCAGCCCAGGGGGAGGAACCUGCAGGCCUCCUUGCCUCCUUAUACAAACGUAGUACAAAGGAUGGAGAAGAAGGAGGACUCUUAGCUCCCCGUAGGCGUCUACAGGGUGGUUUAAUAGAUUUACCAGUAUUAGGGGGACGUUUAUCUACUAUUGAAUAUGCAGGGAAAGGGAGUAUAGAGGAUUUAUUAUCCUUACGUGAAUUAGUUGCUGCUGUUGAGGGUUUUGUUCCUUCUGAGGGUUUUGCUGCUGUGCUGCAGUUAUCUCCUGAGCUACAUGGUAGGACAUUAGGGUCUUUAUUUGAGGAAAAGUUACUACCUCAGCAGCUGCUGCAGCAACCUAUGAGUGCAUUACUCAGCAGCAGCAGCAGCAGCAGCAUACCCUCUCCUCUGCUGCAGCUAAGCUUAGGAGAUUUCUUGUCUCUCUCUAAUUCUGUUAAUGAUUUCUUUAAGACUCCUCUACUACAAGUACCCUCGCUGCAGCAGCUCCUUGAUAGGGCACGCCAGUCUCCAUUGGCUCUAUACAGCAACAGCAGCAGCAGCAGCAGCAGCAACAGGGGGAGGAGCAGCAGCACAAGCAGCAGCAAGAAUAAUAACAGCCUUAGACAGAGGGAACCACCAAUCGCCGCUACCCCUGGCCUAUUCUUCUGA